AUGGCGAUGGCGGGGUUGUUUCGACGCCUUCUUCCUUCAAUUGCCAUUGAUUUUGGUUCUUCUCAAGGCAAGCAACUUUUUCGUGAAGCCAUUCAAAACGGACACAUGGAAGGCUUUCCCAGGCUGGUUUCAUGUUUCCAAACACAAUCCGAACUUGGCUUUUGCGGCCUAGCGAGCUUGUCCAUGGUUCUCAAUGCUCUUGCAAUUGAUCCUGGUAGAAAAUGGAAAGGACCUUGGAGAUGGUUUGAUGAGUAUAUGUUGGACUAUUGUGGACCUCUGGACGAGAUCAAAACUGGAGGCAUCUCAUUUGCAAAUCUUGUAUCUUUGGCUCAUUGCACUGGAGCGAAUGUUGAAGCCUUCCAUGCAAGCCAUAGUAGUAUCGAUGAUUUUCGUAAAUAUGUCAUGAAAUGUUCAACGUCUGAUGAUUGUCAUGUAAUCGCAUCAUACCACAGAAAAGCUCUCAAACAACCAGGAGCUGGUCACUAUUCUCCUAUUGGAGGCUAUCAUGCUGGAAAGGACAUGGUGCUUGUUUUGGAUGUUGCACGUUUCAAGUAUCCUCCCUAUUGGGUCUCACUUACGCAUCUUUGGGAAGGCAUGAGUUAUAUUAAUGAAUUCACUGGAAAAUCUAGAGGGUUCAUGCUUAUAUCAAGGCCGCCUCAUAGGGAACCUGACAUGCUAUACUCAGGUGCUGCAUAUUCUCAAGAAGGCAAGUUAGAUGGGGAUCUUGGUCUACCUUCGUCUUAGCAGCUCCAUCAUUUUCAUUCUCCAUAUUCAGAUUGAGGCUGAGUUUGAGAACCAGUGUCUCAUUUUUAAUACACUAGGAUUCUAUUAUUUAUACACCAAGGAUAUUGAAUUCAUGAUUUGGUAGAGAGGUCUGCCAAAUUUUGGUUCAGACAA